UGAAGCUCAUGGUCGGGCAAAGGCGCUCGGAAGAAGUAGCGGACCCAAACUUGGAGCCCAAACCAGCGUCGCGAGCGCUCAAGCAGGCGUUGCUGGUGGCGCUGCAGUGUGUGGAUCCGGACUCGUCGAAGCGGCCCAAGAUGGGGCACGUCGUUCACAUGCUCGAGGCGGACGAGUACCCGUAUCGCGACGACCGGCGAGCGGCAAGUACCACUCCCGCCACAAAUCGCCCACCAAAGUCAGCGAGAGGCGUCCAUCAAGAGCAGCAGCACUACAGGGCAGCAGAGUUGCAGUCACGGUCGGUAUAUUAACUCGAAGGUUGUCAACUUGAGAGGAAAGAAAGAAAAAAAGAGCACAGAUCAUUCAGGUAUAAAUCAAAGAGGCUGACAAUUUCUGUUGUGGAGACGGUUCCAGGUGAUGAAUUUGAGAGAGGAGUGUUGUACCACACA